UAUAAAUAAAGAAUGAUUCAAGUAAAAUCAGUUUUCUAACGGUGUUCGAGACUAAAGCACAAUCAUGUUCAUAGUCAAAGUAGUCACAAUUUUAACACUAGCCCUUUUGGCUAAAGGAUCCGAUAAGGACACGGCUCUUGACAUAAUGGCCUGUGCUCGAAGAGCGAUCGAAAAUGGAGUUUCAGAAUUAGGUAUCCCAAGUCACAGCCCGGUUUACAUAAAAGAAAAUUUCUCUUGGACAGGAGACAUUGACGUUGCAUCAGCUACUUUAACCUUUUACGACUUAGUUUGGGCAGGACUUCCAAACUGGAACGUUUCUGGAACUCAACUUAGUAAUGAUAGUGAUGCUUUCGCAGUUUUCGAUUUCGACGUUUACUGGUCAACUAUGGUAAUUAACGGAUCAGUUAACGCCAGUUUCACAGAAUUAGGUUUGCAACAAGACUAUAUCGGAAAUAUCAGUACUGUCUGGAGUGAGACUAACUGGAUAGGAACUAUAAAUGUCACCAAACCAGGUUUUAACCUAACAGAACAAGUGAAUAAUUAUACUGUUGCUUGGACAACCGAAACUCUUACAACUACCACUGAAGGUUUUGGACUUUUCGGAUCUGGAAUUUCAACUCUCAUAGAUGUGGGAGUGCCUGCCGCUAUUCAAACUGAUUCGUUCUCUGAAACUAUGAGUGACUUCCUUUUGAACAGACUCAACUCCGUUUGGUGGUCUACUGGAAAGAUUUGGGAACUUGUUGAAUGGUGUCAAGAGAAUCCCGAAUCAAAAUCUUGAAAUAUAUUAAUUGAAUAAAAUUGUCAUAAAGUG